CGCCUCGCCUCGCCGACAUGCCCGGGCCGCUGCUGCUGCCGCUGCCGCUGCUCUGCCUGGCCCUCGGCCCCGCGCUGCGCGCCGCCAGGUGUGAAAGCACAGAGGAAUAUGAUUACGAUUACCUCAGCAUCAAUAAAACCUGGGUCCUCACCCCCAAGGUGCAGGAGACUGAUGCCACGCAAAUCCUCAACUCACUCCUGAAGAACUAUGACAACAAGCUGAGGCCUGACAUUGGCAUCAAGCCCACGUUUAUUGAUGUGGAUAUCUAUGUGAACAGCAUCGGGCCAGUAUCUGUCAUCCAGAUGGAAUACACCAUUGAUAUCUUCUUUGCUCAGACAUGGUAUGACCGGCGUCUUCGUUUCAACAGCACCCUCAAGGCCCUCACACUGAACACCAACAUGGUGAGCCGCAUCUGGAUCCCAGAUACCUUUUUCAGGAACUCCAAGCGGGCUGACUCCCACUGGAUAACCACUCCUAAUCAACUCCUCCGCAUCUGGAAUGAUGGCAAAGUUCUCUAUACACUCAGACUGACUAUUGAGGCUGAAUGUCUGCUCCAGCUGCAGAAUUUCCCAAUGGACACUCACUCCUGCCCUCUGGUUUUUUCCAGUUAUGGCUACCCACGUGAGGAGAUUGUCUAUCGCUGGAGGCGCUAUUCCAUUGAGGUCUCUGACCAGCGCACCUGGAGGCUUUAUCAAUUUGACUUCACAGGUUUGAGGAACACCUCAGAAGUCCUCAGGACUGGGGCAGGGGAGUACAUGGUGAUGACAGUUUCUUUUGACCUCAGUAGACGUAUGGGUUAUUUUGCCAUUCAAACCUAUAUUCCCUGCAUCCUGACCGUUGUUCUCUCCUGGGUUUCCUUCUGGAUCAAGAGAGAUUCUACACCAGCCCGGACAUCUCUGGGUAUCACCACUGUGCUAACAAUGACCACCCUGAGCACCAUCUCCCGCAAGCACCUGCCCCGUGUUUCCUAUAUCACAGCCAUGGACCUCUUUGUCUCUGUGUGCUUCAUCUUCGUCUUCGCAGCUCUCAUGGAGUAUGCCACACUCAACUACCUGGUGGGAAACAAGAAACCACUGGAGCACAACAGCAGGAAAACUAGGCUGCCAUCUGCUGGUGUCCAGGUGAUGCCAUCCUUCACCACCAUCAACAUCAACAACAUCAUGCACUGGCCCCCAGAGGUAGAGGAGGAUGAGGAUGAAGACCCUGGCUCCCCAUGCCUGGAAGGAAAGGAAUGCGAGAGAUUCUUCUGCUGCAUUGAGGACUGUCAGACAGGGAUGUGGCGGGAGGGGAGGGUCCGCAUUCACAUCUCCCGCCUGGACUCCUACUCCCGCGUGUUCUUUCCCACCGCCUUCCUGCUCUUCAACAUUGUCUACUGGAUUGCCUAUCUGUAUCUGUAGCUGUUCUUUGUCCUCAACUGGAAUAGACUGGAGGCCAGCAAAAUGGUUUGUUCAAGGAGCAUAGCAAACAGCGUCUCUUCCUGUUGUAGUUGAUCAUCAGUCUGAACAGUCCAAUUCGGUGAUUCCUUCUUCAUGCUCUCAUCUCUUCUGAGAAGAACCAGACAGCUUUUAUUUUUUAGCUCCCAAACCUGUCUUUUUAGAGAAUCUUCCCUUCCCAAACCACCCUUUCUCCAACACCACCAGCAUUUGACUCCUUGUAAGAUAGCCCAGAAAAGUCCUAUUCCGAUCAAAAGGUUAGGGAUUUUGUCAAGAACAAAAACCUGAAUGUGUUUCAUUUUUCCAUCCAAUCCCACUCCAAAAUUCCAUGGGAAGUGAUGGCAAAUCAAGUUUUCUGCAUAGUUUUUAAGUUUUUAAAGUAGAUUUUACAACUUCUACACCACUUCCACCAAUAUAGACUUUGUGGGAGUGCUAGAGACAUGGAAAGGUCAGAAGGAGAGAGGGGCCAAAGAGGAUGGCUGUACAGCCUUCCUUCUGCUGGGAGCUGGGAUUGGCCAAAAUGCUUUGAACCUGCCCAGAAAGCUGGUUGUGGCACAGACAGGGGUAUCCUGUAGGACACCUGGGGAGCAUUCCUCAUGGAUUGCUCUGCUUCUUGCACCACAUGGCACCCAAAUCAUCUACCCAGCGAGGCUUUGCUGAUCCGACUCAUCAGAUGAUGAAAGGCAUUUCAUGGGUCUAAAUGGUCUGCUGUCUUACCAGGACAGGAUCUCUAAGGGUCCAUGGUGGCAUUCUGCCAUGUGGUCAGGACUUUGACCAGAGUAUGCAGCUUAACUUUGGGCAGAGCCAAAACGUGGAGAAAGCCCCUAUGCUACAAAGACCAGAAGGUGUCUCAUAUGCCUGUUGUGAGGUAGCUGUCUUCAGCCUGUCUCAGUGACCCAGUACUCUCCUUCACAAGGACAAGUGUUGAAAUCCUCAGAUCUGUGCACAGUAGUAGGUGCUAACCCGAGAAAUGGGUACUAGGGAAAGGAAUACUAGCAGCUAACCCUGCACCUACCAGUGGUGGGGAAGAGUUCCUGCAGCUCAGAUAUGUUUCCUUACUUUCUUCUUUUUAAUAUUAAAAUUAAAACCCAAACGUCACUAAAACUGUAUGCCUCCUCCCACUUGCCACCAGUCUAUGCCCCUUUUCUUCCCAGAAUCAGGAAGGGGAACAAGCCAUGCAUAGCAUUCCCCAUCUGCCCUCCUUGGUAGCUCUCAGGAAGCUCAGACAGAGAUGGUUCCUACUGUUCUUGCUCUCCUGCCAGGUCUCUGUCAGCUGUGACAGGAACCAUCGACAUAUAAAGAAAAGGGCUUGAGAAAAGUGAAAUACAGUCUGAACUGGGAAGAAACUGCAUAAUGUAGAAGGGGAAGCUCAGGCCCAAGGUUCACAAGGUGUAAAUCAGCUGCUUCCCCAAUGACACUAACUGCUGAUUUGGCCCACAGCAUGAGUGAUCAUGAAAAGCAGUGUACUAUGAAUAUUUACUGUGUAAAUUAAAAACAGAAAAUCUUUUUAUGAACAGUGUGUUUUAGAAACAAUUGUUACUUAAAAGGCUUGUCACAAAAAGAAAGCUGGUAUGGCUGCAGAGAAAAGGUUAGGAAUGGCUGGCUCACAGGACAGCUAACAGGGCGAGGCCUUUUUAUAUAUUCUUAGACAGCAAUUUGAUCUGGUUUAAAGAUGAAUUUUGACACUUAAAUCUGAUCUGAGUAAUGAAGUGUCACGUUUAAUUCAUUCAUAAAUACAGACCUACCUUGGUUCCAGAGGAAGAGCUAGAGCGCCUAAUUAAGUACACAAUAGUACAACACUCAGCUAAGUACAACCUAAUGGGGUCAGACCAGCAUAGCUCUGGAAGGGGAAAUUGUGCCUGUCUAACCUGUUACAAUUCUUCUUUUAAAACACCAAGUAAGAGAUAAAGGUUACUCAGAAGCAUAAUUUGCUUAGCUACUCCGACAGCUUUUGAAAGGAUGGAAAGAAAUUAUGGCGGGUGGUUCUAACUGAGGAAAUUGAUUUAGUAGAAUUAUUAUUAAGGAGGUUCUAAUUAGAGGAAAUUAAUUGAGGAGAGGGGGAAAAAGAAUUGUUAAGGAGGCUCUAAUUAGAGGAAAUUAACGUUUUAGAGAGAGAGACAGAGAGAGGGAGAAGUCUAAGAAAAGAAUCAAAACAACUUCCAGACAAGGAGAGCUGCUUGGUGAUGGUGCUGACGCCCAGCCAAGCGGGCUGAUGUUCUGCUUCUGAUAGCAAAGCACUAUUAGAUGUAGCAAUAGAAAAACCUCCUAUGACUCAACUGUAUGCUGACAGGGAGCUGGAUUAGACAGGGAUCUGUGAUCUCUGUAGGGAGCCAAGAGGAAAGAGCAUCCUAGAUUAAAACUGGCUCACGUGACAGACUCUGAGUGAAGCGUGUCUUCACAUGUCAGAAGGCAGCUGCUACUGUGUGGGUAGGAGGGGGCACCCUGGGGGCAAACCAGGGCCCAUGCCAAGCAUGUUCAUAAACAGUAUGGUGGUAUAAAAGGUACGCAGGCAAUGUAGGCUGUGGUGAACACAGGCAGCAAAAUCUGGAGGGGAGCUUCUGAGAAAGGGCUGGUAGAUGGAAAAAAUUAAUGUAUGUGUGCAAAAAGAGUCCAAACCUCUCCAAUUCACUGAGGCCACAGAGCACUUGGGAGCUUUGAUGGACGCCGCUGAUUAUCGUGGACAUCAAAGUAAAGACAUCAGCACUGUGAGCAGCAGUAUGUUGGAUUUAGACCUUUUAAAGAGUGAUCCAGGAGAGCAGCAAGGUAUGCAGGAGACCUAAAAGGAUGACAGAGACUCGGGCAAAGUAGACUUGAAAGAUUAUAAGAUUUCACCAAAAAAGAUAAAACUAACAUAUACCUGGGUAAUUUAACUGAUGAUGGAAGAUUUGAGAGUGACUUGACAGAAGAAAAUAGUUUAGCGUGGGUUGGAGCACAAGGGAACUGAUUACUAAAGCUGGGGAAGGGGGGGGGGUCUUUUUGGCUUGGGGAAAUCUGUGCCCAUCAUAAAUAGCUCAAUAAAUAAAGGCACGCACAAAUUCAGUCAUGCUUUUAAGUUUCUACAGUAUCUCAGAAAAGAAAAGCAAAAAAGAAAGAUCCACCAUUGUUUGGAAUAACUUUGCAAAGCUCAAUUUUCCUGAAAAGAGGAUCUCCUGCUACGGACAGGGAUCCCAGGGCACAGAGACAUUCAGCAGCUGUGUGCUGUUCUGCCCAGCAAGGCAGUGGGAGCCCAACCCCAUGGCUCCUGCCCAGGACAGCAUAAACCACCCACCUUUCCCCGCAUGCUGUGGUUUCUGCCAUCGCCCCAGCAUGGGUUACAGCAUUGCAGCGGCUUUCAGACUGGGACAGCUGCUGCCUUUUUACUGGUGUCUGACUAGCUCACUCCAGGGAACACAGCCUUAAAACAUCUGGCUAAUGAUUGGGCUGGAAACAAUGAUAUCAGCAUUUAUGGCUUUUGUUUAGAAGACGACAGGAAGUCACAAAAAGGUUGAUUUCUCAUUUCUCUGUCUCGUCCUAUUCCUAUCCUUCCCCUCCGAAUGAUGCCAUAUAGGCGAUCAUUUUUAGACUGUAAGCUCGUCAGGGCAGGGACACUCUUACUGUGUGUUUGUACAGGGCCUAGCACACUAAGGCUUGAUCCUUAGCUGAGACUUCUGGAUGCUACUUAUUAUAGAAAAUAAACAACAGUAUGGAC